AAGUCUAGGUCCAGUAGGAGUGGACAGAGAGGGAAAGUAAUUCGGGAAAGGAAACAGAGAGGAGUUUCUAGAGAGCUUAUUUGGCCGAUUCCAAACUUUCAGUUCCAAAUUUUUUGUUAAUUAACCCUAAAAUCCACUCACUGCUGAAGCAAAAAAUCCCUGUCCCCAUCAUAAAAUCACAGUUUCUUCUUCCAAUUACAGAGAUGGAGUAGGACAGAAACAGCCGCCUAAUUUGUACGCACUCACAGUUUUCCUUUCGGCAGAGGAUUUUGAUUUCUGGAUACAGCCCUAACAAUUCCCUUUUUCUUCUUCUUUUUUCUGUUUCUGAUUUUUCUGUCUCAUUUGACGGUAUUGAUUUGAGGUUCAGUUGUUGGUUGGUGCUGAAUUCAUCGAUGAAAAGUCAUCGUAGGAUUGGAGACGAAUCUCGGAUCGACGGCGGGGCUGCUUAGAUGCACGUCUCUGGAGUAUCGUUGGAUCUCAAUUGGUUCCUGCAAUUGAUUUUUACAGCGUUUGUGAUUCUCUUCGGAUUGCUGCACUUGGUGAAGAAUACGGCCUCUAAGUACUUUGAGGUCGACGCGAAUUUCGAGGCUUCCGGCGGAGGACCGGCGGGAAGAGGAGCGAGAGGAGGAGGAGGAGACGGCGGUGACUGUAACUCAAUGUCCGGCGAUUCUAUGGCCGAGACCGUUUGCGUCGUCUGUGGGAAUUUGGGCUCGAAAGUGUGCUCGCGCUGUAAGGCCGUUCGAUACUGUUCACCAACAUGUCAAGAAAUUCAUUGGAAAGCUGGCCACAAGACAAAGUGCAAGGAUUUUCAAGCAUGUAGGAACAUAAAUGACUUUGAAACUGCAAAUAACCACAGGGAUUCCAAAGCUUCUACUACAGGGAGCAAAAUUUUUUCUGCAAUCGCUCUGGUACCUUCUCACAGGACCUCUAAGCAUAUCAAGCAACCAAAAGAUAUUCUUUUUCCCUAUGAUGAAUUUCUGAACCUCUUUUACUGGGAUAAGCAUCAAUUUCGUCCUUGUGGACUUUUAAAUUGUGGCAAUAGUUGCUUUGCCAAUGUGGUUCUACAGUGUCUGUCCUUCACCAGACCACUUUUUGCCUUCCUUUACGAGAAAGGGCACAAAAACGAAUGCGUACGUGAUGAUUGGUGCUUCUUAUGUGAAUUUCAAACACAUGUCGAAAGAGCUAGUCGAAGUGUUCAACCCUUUUCACCCAAUAAUAUUAUCCUCCGGUUGCCUAAUAUUGGUGGAAAUCUUGGCUAUGGAAGGCAGGAAGAUGCCCAUGAGUUCAUGAGAUUUGCUAUUGAUAGAAUGCAAAUGGCGUGCCUUGAUGAAUUUGGUGGAGAGAAAGCUGUUCGUUCUCAUUCCCGAGAGACGACCAUUGUUCAGCACAUUUUUGGUGGCCAACUUCAGUCCCAGGUGAUAUGUACAAAUUGCAACAAUGUCUCCAACCAGCAUGAAAAUAUGAUGGAUUUGACUGUUGAAAUUCAUGGGGAUGCUGCAUCAUUGGAGGAGUGCCUUGAUCAAUUCACAAAAGUAGAGUUGCUACAUGGCGAUAAUAUGUACAAAUGUGAUGGGUGCAAUGACUACGUCAAGGCAUCAAAACGUCUCAUGGUUAAACAGGCUCCAAAUAUUCUUACAAUUGCCUUAAAAAGAUUUCAGAGUGGGAGGUUUGGGAAGCUCAACAAGAAAGUAACAUUUCCGGAGACUUUAGACCUUAGCCCUUACGUCAGUGAAGCAGGAGAUCGUACUGAUGUCUAUCGGCUUUAUGCAGUAGUUGUUCAUGUCGAUAUGCUUAACGCUUCAUUUUUUGGUCACUAUAUCUGCUAUAUCAAGGACUUCAGUGGAAAUUGGUACAGGACUGAUGAUUGUAAGGUGACAAAAGUUGAGUUGGAAGAGGUGCUAUCUCAGGGAGCUUACAUGAUUCUGUACUCCAGGGCUCGCCCGCGAACUUCGAGCCUUCGAACUAUUGAAUCGAUGGGGAACAAUCAUAUGCAAAAGGAGAAAGUAGAAUCGGAUGUUUGUGCAAACGAACAAGUCGAAAGUGCUAAACUAGGACUUGUGAAUCGCGUUUGUUCUAAUUCCGAGUCAACCGAUGGUUGUAUACAUUCUGAUAAUUUUUCUGGGUCGCCUAACAUUCGACCACAACCGGUGAGAGUGUAUUCUGAAGAUAUGAAUGGAGAUACACUUGACUCAUCUACUUCAAACGGGGUUUCCAGUUAUUCUCACAAGCCAGCUUUUAGAGUAUCUUCUGAAGCUGUGAGGGAAAAUGUCCGCGAUAUGGAUCUGCUCAACGUUGAGACGAGUUCAUCUGUUCCUAAAGAUAUUUCUUGUGUCGGACAAGAUUCUCCUUUAUUGUCGAAUCACAACCCUUUGAUAACAAUCCCAAUUGAUACAAGUACAGCAAGGGAAAAUGGUAAUUGUCAUUCAGCUGUUCCUAUGGAGGUUUCUUACGGCGAGGACAUUUCCGUGAACAAUCUUGAAACUGCAAGAGACGAUUCAGAAGAUACCGAAAUGGUUAAUUGCGAGACAAGUUCUCUAGCACCAGACAUCAAUGUUAAUGUCAACGGGCACAUACAUGGAGAUGAAACUGUUCGUCUCUCGGACCAUACCAACAUACAACUCGCUGCAAACAAUCAAAAUAACUAUUCUUUCAAUGAGACAUCUGCUGCUGAAACCCGCAAGAUGAAUCCGGGAUCGCUCUGUCUAAGUUAUGCAAGCGGGACAAACCAAGUGGAGUUGAUGGGUGAUGUUUAGUCAUACUCUCGCUAGAUUGUCUUGCUGCCACUCGCUCGGUCAUACGUCUCCGAUCAACAACCAGUCAUCCUUAAAAGAAGGUUUGAACUGGGAAUUCUUUUCUGAGGUUUCACUAUUAGCAGAGAUCUCGGUGUCGAUUACACGAUGUGAGAGUCGGUAAACAUGUCAAAAGUAUUGGUUUCCUCCAGUAUUAUUAUUAUGAAACAGAGAUUAGGUUCUUACAGAUUAUCUGGAUAACUUAUUUUAGAAUUCAAUAGAGAUUUAGGUUCUUAGUAUUUUUAUCCUAACAGAAACUGAAACUCAUUUUUAAACGCAGUUGCAAGUUGUUGACCUUGAGUGUUCCUCAUGCAUUGAUUAUAUAUAAAAAAAAAAUGUUAGUGAGAA